AUGCUCUUCCGCAACGACGCCGAGCACGCCGAGGCGCUCAAGCGGGCCAACAGCGACCCCCUCAAGCCAGGGCACCACGUCGAGAUGUUCCUCCGCCUGGGCUCGGACGACACCGAAGAAGACCGCGCCGACAGCCGGGCGCAGCGCGCAGACGAGCUCAAGAGCGCCGGCAUCGCGGGCGAGUACAAGAUCUACAGGCUCAAUCUGUGGUAUGGCGAGCUGGCCUUCUUCCAGGUCAAGGGUGGGCUGAGCUGGGCUAUGCGCGAAGCGAGCGAUGCUUCCGGCGCUGCGAAGAACGAGGGGCAGACACCGGCGCCCCACGUACCAGUACCCGCCUCGGAGGCGGUGGAGGCUCCGCCGCCUUCUUAG